AGUUGGCUAGCAAAUAUCUGUAAUGUUUUUGGACAUGCGCAGAGGGGAGAUGCCAUAUUGGAACGGGGGCAGCAGCAGCUGAAAGACGUCGCUCGCGUCGCUUUGCUCGAGCUCACGCGAACGAGGAGGAAAAAAACAGAGGGGUCUCGAGAAGGAGAGGCGACAAAAAACUUGGACAGGGGCAUUGAGGAAAGUGAGAGAUGCAGUGAAGCUGAACUGAAACACCUCAGGUCAAAAAGUAAGACUCACCAGGAAGUGGAGGAUGCAGUCUCACACUCAGGAGCAGCCGCUGGCUCUCACCACGGUCAAGCCAUACAAGUCGACCAAUGGGAAGGAGGAAGAGUUGAACACAGAUGCAGAUUCCAUGGAAGGGGAGGAGGAGGCAGAGUUCAACUGGGAGGAGUACAUGGAGGAGACGGGGGCUAUUGCUGCCCCUCACACCACCUUCAAACAUGUGGAGGUCAGUCUGCAGAGCAGCUUCCAGCCUGGUAUGAAGCUGGAGGUGGCCAAUAAGAGCAGCCCGGACACGUACUGGGUGGCCACCAUUAUCACCACAUGUGGCCAGCUGCUGCUGCUGCGCUUUAGUGGCUACGGUGAGGACCGCAAGGCCGACUUCUGGUGUGAUGUCAUGACAGCCGAACUGCACCCUGUGGGCUGGUGUGCCCAGAACAACAAGACCCUCAUGCCCCCUGAAGCCAUCAAGGAGAAAUACAGCGACUGGACAGAGUUUCUGGUUCAGGACCUGACUGGCUCCAGGACGGCACCGGCCAAUCUGCUGGAGGGGCCUCUGAGAGGUAAGAAUACGGUGGAUCUGAUUGUUGAGGGCUCGGUCUUGGAACUUCAGGACAUCUUGGAUCCUUUCCUGUACUGGCCCGUUCGAGUUGUCCAGAACAUCGGAGGGAGGCUCCGCCUACGUUAUGCUGGUCUCUCUGAGGACCAUCAGGUCCAUGACACCUGGAUGUUCUACCUGGAGGUUAGACUCCGCCCACUGGGCUGGGCCCUGGAGAACGGCCUCGCCUUAGAACCACCCACAGGGCUCAGAUCCCUAAAGAGCGCCCCCGACUGGCAGCGGGCCCUGGAGGACGCUCGGCUGGAUGGACAGAAGAGCCCGCUGCCGCUCGAGGUCUUUAAGGACCACGAAGACCUGCCGAAGCACUCCUUCAAGACGGGGAUGAAGUUGGAGAUGGUUUCUCCAUGGGAGCACCUCCAGAUCUGCCCUGUUUCUGUCACUAAGGUCUACAGUGAGGUCUACUUCCAGGUCACGCUGGAUGAUCUCUCUGCUGAUGCUAAGCCACAGCCUGUGGUGUGUCACUCCAACUCACCAGGUAUCCUGCCCGUGCAGUGGUGUCUGAAGAAUGGAGUGUGCCUGGAGCGGCCGCAGGGCUACGGAGGCCAGGACUUUGACUGGGCCGACUACCUAAAGCAGAGCGGGACUGAAGCAGCUCCUGAUGCCUGCUUUCCUGAUACGUGGCAGAACAGAGGCUUUGCCAAGGACAUGUGGCUGGAGGCGGUGAACCCUCGCCAGCCAGCGGAGGUGUGCGUGGCUCAGGUCACGCAGGUCAGAGGACGCCUGCUGUGGAUCCGACUGGAAGGUGUGGCGAAGCCCCUGUCAGAGUGCAUUGUGGAUGUUGAGUCUAUGGACAUUUUCCCUGUUGGCUGGUGCGAAGCCAACGCUUACCUUCUGACCUCUCCAGUCAAACCCAUCUGCCAGAAGCAGAAGAAGAUAGCAGUGGUUCAGCCAGAGAAAAAGUGGGCUCCAUCCCAGCCGGUGGAGACGACUCCUGUCAACCACUGCCAGCUCGUCACCAUGGAUCCAGGCUCAGCCAAUGGCAGAUACUGCUGCUCCAAGAUUUUUGUCAACCAUCGCUGUUUCUCAGGACCCUACCUCAACAAGGGACGUAUUGCUGAGCUGCCGCAGGCUGUCGGGCCAGGAAAGUGCGCGCUGGUCCUCAAAGAGUUGCUGAGCAUGCUGAUCAAUGCCGCCUACAAGCCCGGGCGGGUCCUAAAAGAGCUGCAGGAGCUGGAGGAUCUGAGCUGGGACUGCCAAGAGGAGACCCUCAAAGCCAAAUAUAAAGGGAAAACCUAUCGCUCCACCAUCCGGAUAGUCCGCCUGGCAGACCAGAUCCCAGACUUCUGCCGUAAGGUGUGCGUGAAGCUGCAGUGCUGCCCGAACCUGUUCAGUCCUGUCCUUGUCAUCAACCAGUGCCCGGAGAACUGCUCCGUUCAGACCAAAACCAAAUACACCUGUUACUAUGGGAAGAAGAGGAAGCUGUCCAAGCCGACUGGGGGAGAGGAGACAGCGGAGGGAGAGCUGGUCAAGCCGGCACGGCGCAGGAAGAAGAGGAAAUCGAUCUUUGUGCAGAAGAAGAGGCGCUCGUCUGCCGUGGACUACACUCCUGCUGGCUCACCGCAGGACAGUGAUGACGGCAUGGAGGACGAGGAGAUGGCGUUGCAGUCGGGCAGUGAGGGCACCAGCUCAGAGCCACGCGAGGACCACACCGACGCCUCCUCAAGGCUGAGGAGGGCCGUCAGCGUGGGAAACAUCCUGCGCAGCCAGGAGGCCCCUGAGGGCCACAGGAGGUCGACUCGCUCACUGUCAGCCUACAGCCAGAACAACAAGUAUCAGCCGCCCAAGGGCCAGGACAUGCAGGUUGAGGAGGAGGAUGGUCAGCUGGUUUUGGACAAGAACCCUCUGGAGUGGACUGUAGACGAAGUUGUUCAGUUUAUCAACUCUACUGACUGCGCGUCUCUGGCCAAUAUCUUCCAGGAGCAGGACAUCGAUGGCCAGGCCCUGCUGCUGCUGACUCUGCCCACAGUCCAGGAAUGUAUGGACCUGAAGCUCGGUCCCGCCAUCAAACUGUGUCACCAGAUCGAGCGCGUCAAGGUCGCCUUUUACAGACAGUACGCCAACUGACCGAGAAGCAGCAACUGCAAGUUCCCCACUGAUCGCCCACACAGUCUAGAGGAAUGACUGGGAAAGGCCGGAUUAGCCGCCAGCUGGUGGAAAACGCCGAUGUGGAGUUUUUGUGGAUUUCCGAUGUGCAAGAAGAAGGAUUAUUUAUCAGAGCAGCUGCGUUGGACAGGCACAAACUAAUGUCAACAAUUCUGGCGGAUGUUUGCCUACAAGAAGGAUUAAUUUGUGGCUACUGUGGGUGUGAAAACGCGAUGCUACACAAACAUCAAUGAAAACACACUGGAAUUGGCUCCAUGUGCUUUACUGAUCUGUGAAGAAGUUCUUUUGAAAAGCUGAGGACAUUUGUUUAUUUCCCCUUACUGUACUUCUUGUUUCCAUUUUAUUUGUGAUAAAGGAAAGUAAUAAGUACUGACCAUGAGGAGUUUUAUCCCUUUUUGUGUGACAUAAUUGGUUCUGAAAAAAUAUAUUCACAAAGUAUUUAACAAACCACGAAGUAAUAUAUUUGGAAUAUUUAUUGUGCCCUUAUUUAAUAAGGAGUAAUCCAUCUAUUUGGAUGAAGUUUUAUGAUCAUGUCGACUCCACUGAA